CAUCAGUUUCUUCAGCUAUUUAGUCCCCGUAUGAAAUAAGUUCGCGUUUGUUUCACAUCAGAUCUAGUGGAUUUGCAAAACCAAAACCUCGGAGCACAGCCAAGAUUCAACUGAGGGAGACGGGCGAUUACUUUGGGGUGUGUUUUUUUGGCGGGAAAGGCGAGGCGACUGAAACGUGUACAGUGUGUUGCGGUAACUAUGGGCUACUACAGAAUGAGUUUGCCUUCACUAUGGGUCGUCAUGUUGUUUGUUUUGACCACAAUUCUCAUAAUAAACACAUCAACAACAAAUGCCACCAGCUGCGCCACACUGAACUGUGUAGACGUUAGUACGGCAGCUUGCAGAUUCUGCCGCAGAAGAGGUGGUAAAAGAUCCGCAAACUAUGCAUGGCGAGACGACAGGGAACUUGACGAAUCUAACGAUAGAGGAUCGAUGACGUCAGAGUGUUUCCUUGACACUGAGGUAGCCAGGUUGCCGCAUGAUCUUCAAGAGCAAGUAUAUGAGGUAUUAGAGGUUGUGCUUGGCAUGAAUCGAUAGAGGGCGCUGUGGUGUUCUUUAGUUUAUGGAUACGACACUCUGGAAUUCGACGACGACGACGUGACUGAGAUUAAACUACUACAGUGCUACAAUUCGGACAAAGUGGUGAUAAAAUAAUGUUCAGUGACACAGUUCUUGUUUAACGAGCACCCCUGUUGACUCUGAACUGUAUUGACUUUUAAACAAUGUUAAAAGCCUAAAGCUGGUUAUAUAAGGCACAAUUUAUAGAAAGCACCAACUUCUUAGUGUUGUACUUUAGCUUGAUUCAAAGAGUGUAAAGAGAUAUAUGACCAAUGUUCCCAUUUAUAUAAAGACAGCUAUAUCCCAACACCAACACCACUUUAGGCCAAGGUUGCUAGCCCUAACUUGAUUCGAACGCAACACUCGUUGCACUUCGGCGACUAUUUCUGCCGUACACUAAUUUGAUGCACAGAGGGUAAUCAAAUCGUCAGAAAUAAUUGGGCCUGCGUAAACGACGUUGUUCACGUUUACUUGUGAGUACACACAACAUGGUGCCUCUGCCGUCAUUACCAAUGUUGUACCUUAUCUUACUUCACCGAGAGUUGCGUAACUUCGUAGUCGGUUUAUACGUCAUCUUCAGUGCUGUACACUAUCUUGUUUCAAGUACAGUAAACAUGGCGGGAGUAGCACGCAUUGGCUGGCCAAUGGUACACCUUGUUUCUUCGACACCCAAUUAAAUAAUUGUACCUAAUAUUAGAUUUGUAAAUAUAGAAUCUAUUAAAGAAACAAAUUAGAGUGUACUUAAUAACACAAAUCGAUAACUUAAGAGGUAAUUUUACACAAUUAUUUGCGAAAUGGUCGCUCUGAUGGACCAGUAGACCAGUAGGCGUCUUCAAAUCAUUCAUGUUUAGUCUUAGGCCUAGUGUUAAGUCGUUUCAGUUUCUUUUUCUUAAACGCCCCCCCCCCCCCCCGUAAUGGAUUUGGCUUGACUCAGUUGAAGUCAAUAGGGCAAACAGCCAUAUUCAAGCUCACAGUGUUGUGGCUAUGGUAUUGACUGUCGUACUACAACAUUCCAGUCAUGCAACAUGUUCAGCCCUUUGCCUCAGCCGUAUGUUCACACCCGACCUAAGCUCUGGUGUUGUAGCAGAGAGUGGGUUCCAAUCCUGGUCAGGACAUGUUUGCAUUUGAGCUAAGCAUCAUGGGUAGUAACAGUGGUGCACUUACAGGAGUCUAGUGGUAUCGAAGUUUGCAUAAAUAAUUCAUAUUAUUAUUUGCUAUUUUAUGCUAAUAGGGAAUGCAAUGUUUGGCGUUAAAUUAUAACUAAAAUGUGUUUCAGUGUACAAGCUCGUGGCUAUGUUUACAAUACCGUUAAAACUGUAUCUGACCUAUUUUAUAAUGGCCGUUUAAUAACUGUAUCUUGCAUAAAGGGUGAAAUUUGAUGUUAGUUUUUAGGCAAGUAUCGAGUGACGUGCAAGUGCAUGAUAUAGACACUGACGACAAACAAAUAAUAGCACGCCCUGAACAAACGAUUUAGGUAGAAAGGUUAGAUCACGUCAUCCCACUGCUGUAUAUCAAGCCGUUUUAGUCCAAAUCGUGACGUCACCAUCACUCCACCCAUCCAUUCAUACCUAACGCACCAGCCCUUCUCUGACCACGCCCCUUUGGAUUGCAUGCCGAAUGAACCCUGUUAGCCGCAAAUUGACCUCUAUUAUUAACGUUUACAGUGUGCGUUUAUAACAUACUCUUAUUGAGUGUUUCCAGUUUUUGUGAGCCUGUUCGGCUAAGGUUUACUCGCGGACUUCGCAUUCCUCUCCACACAGUCCUAAGACCGUUCUUAUUCAAGGGCGCCCUCUAGUUUCCUUAUGAUUCCUUGUUUGCUCAUCCCCGCCAUCAUUAUGGUGUUUAUCCAGUUUGAUCUGGUAUAGAACAUUUUUUUUUUUUUUUUAACAGUCGUAGUUCAGCUCCCCCCCCCCCAAGUCCGAUUGGUCUCAAGUAAAAAAGCAGUUGUAGUGAUGAGUGAAUAGGAAUACGAAAGAUGAGAUUAGACUGGCCCAAAUCAAACAGACAAUGGUGGAACCUUCCUUGUGGGUGGACAGUGUAUGUCACAUUCAUAUUGCAAACCACAUGAUUAAUAGAGUUACUGGUACAUGAUUAGUGUGUGUUGCUGGUGUAAGCACUGCGCCAAUCAGCAGGCCAGUCAGCCAGUCUGCACCAAUCAGCAGGCCAGUCUAGUCCCAUCUUUACAUCACCUGACCGCACUUGCAUAACGUACUUAACUAAAGGUCAUCGACCCAUCCCAGAGGUAUUGGUUGGGAGACCGAUUGGGGGAAAGUGAAUGUUCAUUCUAGUUUGGGGUAGACUUCUCUGAAGAUGUGGCCAUCUUAAUUUCAAUCUAUUUAUAAAACUUGAUUGGUGUAACCAAACCGAGGUUUCGGGGGAAAUAGUCUCAGAAAACAAUUUUUAAAAUAAUCCAUUAUUAUUUAGUUGUUAUAUUUAGUACUAGUCAUCUUAUUAUGACGAAAAAGAAAGAAAUGUUGUAAACUUUGACAUGCGACGCGACUUUAAUUAAUUGACAAAUCCUUAAUUGUAAUAUCCUAUGAAGCAUGUAGAAAUAUUAAGUAAUUGUUGAAUAUUAAUUAGUCCUGUAAUAAUUUGAAAACUAACAUUAUUAUGCAGUUGUUUUGUUUUCUUCAAAAUUAUAUUCAACUUUCCUGUUAGCUUUGUCAUUAUGUCAUUAUUUAUUUCUAAUUCGAUGAGUUUAUUCAAGGUUUAUUUAUUAUUGUGUGUUUUUAUUGUUAAAGAUUUUCUUCUGGUGUAAUUUUAUGAGUUGUUAACUUCUAAUUGGUUGACCCUCGACAUUUCACCUUGCCUUUAAAUGAAUAAUAUAAACUGAACUUUACGUGUUGUAAGAAACUGAUUAAAGCACAUUAAACUACGUGUACCAAA